ACUUUGCACUGCACUGGACUAUGACUCUGAUUUUUGGCACAUGCUAUCAUACACAAAGUUCCUAAAAUAAAAUGCUCCAGGAUAUCCUAGGAACUCUUAGAAGGCUUUAAAAAGGAACUCACACACUGAAAGAACAUCUUUGAUGAGGACAAUUCAGGCAAGCAGAAUGAUUGCUGCAACAGAAUUACAUGAUUAAUUGAGAUCUUGAAGUGGGUCUGGCGAAUGCUCACCACCUAACUUAUCAUGGUUUGGGGGAGUUUGCCGAGAAUCCAGUUUUGAUAAAGCAAUUGUUUUUUUUUUUUCCUCCCCAAGUGACUAUACAUUUAAAUAGCUAAAACAUCUGUUCAGGAACAUAGUAAAACAUGUAUACUCGGAACGCUUGAGAGAAGAGCCUGCCAAACAGUCGGUUGAGAGGGACAUUGCUGAGGGAGAGCACCAAGAUAAAGCAACCACUGUUUGUUUUGUCUAGUCAGGGGGAAAGCCAAGGCAACCAAUAUUUUUGGUUUUUCAAAUUUCAUUUGUGAAGAAUUAUUUGAAAAAGGGUGGCGAGGCGACAUUCCCUGACGGGACUUUUUUUUUUUAAAGCUGCCCAUUAGUAGAAGAGCAAAGAGAGCCUUGGAUGUCAACGCCUAACAGCCUCUUGAGACCAGCCACCAAACCACGAAAAGUGACUUUCUUCUCGAGUGCUCUCUCUGGCCCUUCUGAUGGAAGCAGAAACAGGGAGCAGUGUUGAGACUAGAAAGACAGCCAACAGAGGCACUCGAAUUGCCCUGGUCGUGUUCAUCGGUGGUACCUUGGUGCUGGGCACGAUCCUCUUUCUAGUGAGUCAAGGUCUCCUAAGUCUCCAAGCUAAACAGGAGUACUGCCUGGAGCCAGAAUGCAUCGAAGCUGCUGCUGCCAUCUUGAGUAAAGUAAAUCUGUCUGUGGAUCCUUGUGAUAAUUUCUUCCGGUUCGCUUGUGAUGGCUGGAUAAACAAUAAUCCAAUUCCUGAAGAUAUGCCAAGCUAUGGGGUUUAUCCUUGGCUGAGACAUAAUGUUGACCUCAAGUUGAAGGCACUUUUGGAGAAAUCAAUCAGUAGAAGGAGGGACACUGAAGCCACACAGAAAGCCAAAAUCCUUUAUUCAUCCUGCAUGAAUGAGAAAGCGAUUGAAAAAGCAGAUGCCAAGCCACUGCUACAUAUCCUGCGGCAUUCACCUUUUCGCUGGCCUGUGCUCGAAUCUAAUAUUGGUCCUGAAGGGGUUUGGUCAGAGAGAAAGUUCAGCCUUCUGCAGACACUUGCAACAUUUCGUGGUCAAUAUAGCAAUUCUGUGUUCAUCCGUUUAUAUGUGUCCCCUGAUGACAAGGCAUCCAAUGAACAUAUCUUGAAGCUGGACCAAGCAACGCUCUCCCUAGCUGUGAGGGAAGACUACCUUGAAAACAGCACAGAAGCCAAGUCUUAUCGAGAUGCCCUUUACAAGUUCAUGGUGGAUACUGCCGUGCUUUUAGGAGCCAACACCUCCCGAGCGGAGCAUGACAUGAAGUCAGUGCUUAGGUUGGAAAUUAAGAUAGCUGAGAUAAUGAUUCCACAUGAAAACCGAACCAGUGAGGCCAUGUACAACAAAAUGAACAUUUCUGAACUGAGUGCUAUGAUUCCCCAGUUUGACUGGCUGGGCUACAUCAAGAAGGUCAUUGAUGCCAGACUCUACCCCCACCUGAAAGACAUCGGCCCUUCAGAGAAUGUGGUGGUCCGCGUCCCCCAGUACUUUAAAGAUUUGUUUAGGAUAUUAGGCUCUGAGAGGAAGAAGACCAUUGCCAACUAUUUGGUGUGGAGAAUGGUUUAUUCCAGAAUUCCGAACCUUAGCAGGCGCUUUCAGUAUAGGUGGCUGGAAUUCUCACGGGUAAUCCAGGGGACCACGACUUUGCUGCCUCAAUGGGACAAAUGUGUAAACUUUAUCGAAAGUGCCCUCCCUUACGUUGUUGGGAAAAUGUUUGUGGAUGUGCACUUCCAGGAAGAUAAGAAGGAGAUGAUGGAGGAAUUGAUUGAGGGUGUUCGCUGGGCCUUUAUUGACAUGCUGGAGAAAGAAAAUGUGUGGAUGGACACAGAAACGAAAAGGAAAGCCAAAGAAAAGGCAAGGGCUGUUUUGGCAAAAGUUGGCUAUCCUGAGUUUAUAAUGAAUGAUACUCAUGUUAAUGAAGACCUCAAGGCAAUCAAGUUCUCAGAAUCCGACUACUUUGGCAACGUACUGCAAACCCGCAAGUAUUUAGCACAGUCUGAUUUCUUCUGGCUAAGAAAAGCUGUUCCAAAAACAGAGUGGUUUACAAGUCCAACAACUGUCAAUGCCUUCUACAGUGCAUCCACCAACCAGAUCCGAUUUCCAGCAGGAGAGCUCCAGAAGCCUUUCUUUUGGGGAACAGAAUAUCCUCGAUCUCUGAGUUACGGUGCUAUAGGAGUAAUUGUUGGACAUGAAUUUACACAUGGAUUUGAUAAUAAUGGUAGAAAAUAUGAUAAAAAUGGAAACCUGGAUCCUUGGUGGUCUGCCGACUCAGAAGAAAAGUUUAAAGAAAAAACAAAGUGCAUGGUUAACCAGUAUAGCAGCUAUUAUUGGAAGAAAGCUGGCUUAAAUGUGAAGGGGAAGAGGACCCUGGGAGAAAAUAUUGCUGACAAUGGAGGUCUGCGGGAAGCAUUUAGGGCUUACAGGAAAUGGAUAAAUGACAGAAGGCAGGGAGUUGAGGAACCUCUCUUACCUGGCAUCACAUUCACCAACAAUCAGCUCUUCUUCCUGAGUUAUGCUCACGUGAGGUGCAAUUCCUACAGACCAGAAGCUGCCCGAGAACAAGUCCAAAUUGGUGCUCACAGCCCUCCUCAGUUUAGGGUCAAUGGUGCAAUUAGUAACUUUGAAGAAUUCCAGAAAGCUUUUAACUGUCCACCUAAUUCCACGAUGAACAGAGGCAUGGACUCCUGCCGACUUUGGUAGCUGGGCCACUGGGUUAUGCCAUCCUGAGAGAGCUGCACAGUGUUAGCACACUGCCUACUGCUUUAGGUCUAUAUUCCUCUGAAGAAUUUUAUGCUUAAUGCAUUUUCAUUAUUUGGGUAGAUGACCUGCUUGGUUCUAAACAGUAUUUGCUCAAUGUUGUAAGGCUUAAAAAAAUGGAAUACAAGAGAUGAACCAAAUAUGUUUCUUUACAAAACCAAACCAAUAAAAAUAAAUUCUUAGGCCGCUUUUGUUAAAUUGCUAUCUGUUGAAUUGUUGCUAUUGUCAAUUUCAGUGUGUUAGCCACAGCUAAGUGGUACAUACCAUUUCAAUCUAUAGCUUUGCAGGGAGCCUAAGGAGAAUGUAUCCAUAAAAAAGUUCAAUCUAUUAAACUUGUAACCAUCAAUGAUGAAGGACAUGUACAUGAAUACCUGGGAGGUCUUGCUACUCUAGAAUGUGGUAUGAGAUUUUAUGGACAGUCAUUACAUAGCAUUUCUUUCUAAGGUAAUUAAAUUAGAAAUAUAUUGGAUCUCCAUUUUAUAAUUUUUGAUGAAGUUCUUGCCUUCAGCUUUGGAGUCUAUUGGAAUGAAAAUGUGCCUCACAGCUUGCAUCUGAUAUAGCUGAUUGCCCUGUUCAAGUCAGCAUGAACAAAGCUGGCAGAAAGGCUACUAGGUAAAGGAUUUGAGCUUAUUAAAUAGAAAAAAAGGGGGGAUAUAUUUUUAAGUCCCAGAAGAAAUAAAAACCCCUAGUCACAUAAUAGCAGGGAAACUAGGAGAUGAAAUCUCCAAAAUUUUAUCUAGUCUGUAUGACCUUCAGUGAUUGUCUGUCUGCUGACCACUUUUCUUUAGCCCAAUUCCUGUUUGUUUCAUUACUCUCAUAUGUAUACACUUUCCUGGUUCUGAAAUGAGCAGACAUUGAGAAAAGGAUUUUUUGAUUCCAAAUCAGGAACUUAUGGCUUUCAUUUCCCUUUAAUGCAAAGGAACAAACACCACAUUGAGGAGGGAGCAAAGUGCCCUUGUGUUUCAGCUUAGUUAAUGUUAUCUCUCUUUAAAAAAAAUCGUUUAGAAAUAUUUCUUGAUUGAAGAUAUUUUAAAAUAUAUUAAUUCAAUUUAAUAUUCCCUGAAAAGUCCAAAGAAACAUAAUUUUUAUUCUUCAAGUCUUCUAAAGAGUCUGUAAGAAAGAGCAGUAUUAUGUUUUUGAUCCUUAGAGCAUUAUCCUUUUAGGUGAGCUCCUCUAUUUCUUAUUAGUGUGUGUACGUGUAGGAUAAAAUUGUAAUGGCCUUAAAGAGGUUACCUGGCAUUUCCUGUUUCUUAAAAUAGUCAUCCUCUACCCCCUUCACAUUAUUCAUUGUAUAUGAGGUGCUGGGUUAAGUGGGCCAAUAGGAAAAUCUGAAAAGCAAGAUGACAAAUUCAGAUGAACUACAGGAGGCCAUUUUACUCCCUUUGAUUUGUCAUUUUUUUUUUUUUUUAAAUGUAAGUGUGUGCCAUGUCCUUUUGUAACCACAGGAACUUUUGAAGGGAGAAAAAUGGAGGGGCACCAUCAAGAGGGAAACAAUUAUACUGCAUUAGCUAGAGGAGAGUGAUUUUCCCCUUGACUUCCUCCUCUCUGAAUGAAUAAACUUCUGAAGGGCAGCUACCUUUUCCUCCUCUUAACCAUGGCUUAAUGUGACCUUAGUUUGUAUGUCUAAAAACAAGCCAUAUUAGGUUAGGGGUGCUGGAAAUGUAUGUCCCUUUUCUCUGAUUUGGUUUAGACAUACAAGAUACUUCUUGUUUUAUUCUUGCACUUGGGCACUUAAAAUCAGCUGAGGUUUGUCAUGCUUAUAUGAAUAGUGUUUUCUUUCUAGACUUCUUUCAAAAACUCCGAAUAAACACAUUCCUGCAGGUCAGAGAAAGUGUUUGAUAAAAACAGAAUUAUGGCUUUGGAAAUGGAAAUUAAGUCACUUGUUAGUUUAGAAAAACCGGUUGAUGAUCAGUUGGGGCCCUCAUAGUUUCUAGAUGACAGGGUUACCUUGUCCUGAUUAACUUUACUCAAUGUAACUCAGUUAUACUGAAAGUUGUAGAUAGGGUGGCCACUAUUAAACAAAACAAAACAAAAACGAAAACUAAAAUAAAAGCAGCAAUACCAAAUCAUCACUACUAAUUAGAACAAUUUUCUAGAAGGAUUGGAUUUCCAAAUAUAUGUUUGUGUUUAACUCUUCCAAUUACAGUCUCAUUGUCCUGUCUCCUGAAUACCGAUUGUUCAAAGAAACAGACACUAAUUAAGUUGUAGAAAGAAGACAGUAAAAUGCAACUGGAAGGGAAGGAAAAAAAAAA